CCGGCUCACUCGUCUCUUCAUUCUCCUCCUCCUCUCUCUUUCCUCUCCUCUGUCCUGUUCUGGCUCAGUCAAACCUGCUCUGUGAGCACUUGGAUGGAUUUCUUCCUGUCACUGUUGGAGACUUGAAGCGAGGAGUUUCAGGAUAAGCUCGGGUCUCGUUUGGUGGGCGUCCUCUCUGCAGUUGGGACAGGCUCUUCCCUGGAAGACCGCGGUGGCGGGUCGUUCUCUGAGACGUGAAGGCGUCGGCAGGCCGGAGGGGUCGGCCGGGUCGCCUCUGCUGUCAGCGAUGGCGUUUUCCCUCCUUGCUCUCUUCUUCCUCAUCAGCUCUGUCUCCAGCCUACCUCAGCCUGUGCCAAGAGUUUUCCUGUCCUUUGGAGAUCUGAAGGGAUCGCAGUCGUUUGAACACUUCAGUAUAUCUGACAAGGCCAUGGACUACAGGAUCCUGCACAUGGAUGAGGACCAGGACAGGAUGUAUGUGGGCUGCAAGGACCAUGUUCUCUCCAUGGACCUCAACAACAUCACCCACGGCACACUUAAGUUGUUUUGGCCUGCAUCUACAAGCAAAAUACAAGAAUGUCAAAUGGCAGGAAAGGACUCUACACAUGGCUGUGGGAAUUUUGUCCGUGUGGUGCAGCCUUACAACAGAACUCAUCUGUUUAUGUGUGGCAGUGGAGCCUACAGCCCCGUCUGUGUGUACAUCAACAGAGGCCGAAGACCAGAGGAACAAGUGUUUUAUGUCGACUCGGAGAUGGAAUCGGGAAAAGGCAGGUGCUCCUUCAAUCCUCAAGUCAACACCGUCUCUGUCAUGAUCAAUCAGGAGCUGUUCUCAGGCAUGUACAUCGACUUUAUGGGGACAGAUGCUGCCAUCUUCAGGAGCCUGACCAAGAGAAAUGCAGUCCGCACAGAUCAGCAUAACUCCAAGUGGCUCAGUGAACCAGUUUUUAUUGAUGCCCAGCUCAUUCCAGACGGAACUGACCCAAACGAUGCCAAGUUGUAUUUUUUCUUCCGCGAGAGGUUAACGGAUAACGACGGGAACACUAAAAACAUCCACACCUUGGUGGCCAGAGUGUGUCCUAAUGACACCGGAGGGCAGCGCAGCCUCGUCAACAAGUGGACCACCUUCCUGAAAGCCAGGAUGGUGUGUUCGGUUCUGGAGGACGACGGCACCGAAACACACUUUGAUGAACUAGAGAGCGUGUUUUUGCUGGAGACGGAUCAGCCCAAAGGCUUGCUGGUGUUUGGAGUCUUCACAUCCACAAGCUCCGUCUUCAAAGGGUCAGCAGUGUGUGCAUACAACAUGGCGGACAUCCUGACUGUGUUCAACGGGCCGUUCGCUCACAGAGACGGACCCAACUUCCAGUGGGUGGCUUUCCAGGGGCGCAUUCCCUACCCGAGGCCCGGGACAUGUCCAGGUGGAGCCUUCACUCCCGACAUUCACACCACGAAGGAAUUCCCAGAUGAUGUGGUGAACUUUGUCCGGAACCAUCCGGUCAUGUUCAACGCCAUCUACCCGGUGGGACGGAGACCCCUGGUGGUCCGCACCGGCGCCAGCUACAGGUACACGGCGGUGGCGGUGGACCAGGUCAUGGCUGCAGACGGGAACUACCAGGUGCUUUUCCUGGGAACAGACAAAGGGACGAUCCAGAAGGUGAUUGUUCUGCCUGGCAACCGGUCCCUGCAUGGCGAUCUGGUCCUGGAGGAGCUGGAAGUGUUUAAGAAUCAAGCUCCUGUCACAAAUUUGAGAAUCUCGUCCAAAAAACAACAGCUGUACGUCAGCUCUGAGUUCGGGGUUUCGCAGGUCUCCUUGCACCGUUGCCACGCCUACGGCUCGGCUUGUGCAGACUGCUGCCUCGCCAGAGACCCCUACUGCGCCUGGGACGGGUUGAGCUGCUCACGCUUCUACCCCACCGGGAAAAGGAGAAGCAGGAGGCAGGAUAUAAUGCACGGAAACCCACUCACUCAGUGUAGAGGAUUCAACUUAAAAGCCUACAGGAACGCCGCAGAGAUGGUGCAGUAUGGCGUGAAAAACAACACCACCUUCCUGGAGUGCGUUCCAAAGUUUCCUCAGGCGUCCAUUCGCUGGAUCAUUCAGAGGGACAACGACAGGAGGAAAGAGGUGAAGCUGAACGAUCGGGUCCUCUCCACUGAGCACGGCCUCCUGAUCCGCUCCGUCCAGCAGUCCGACCGCGGCCUCUACUACUGCCUGACCACCGAGAACAGCUUCAAGCGCACCGUCGCCAAGAUCCGCCUGCACGUGCUGAGCGACGCCAUGGUGAGCGUUCUGGCGGACAAGCAGCAGGCGCCCUGGGCCUGGGCCCGCGCCGCGCACCCCAAAGCCCUGCUGGCCGCCUUCAGCCCCGCCGAGAAUCUGGCCGUUCAGCAGUACUGCAAAGAGAGGAAGGACUUCCAGAAGCUUCAGCAGAGGCAGCAGCAGCAGCCACCUGGGCCACUCAGGGGGGACCUGGCCAAACUGAGGCCCCUAUUGGACCGGAGGAAGAGCCGCAACAGACGCAAUCACCUCCCUGAGGUGUGACGCAUGGCAGCUAGCAGCAGCAGAAGCUGCCACACACACCUCCUUCCUAUCCUCUGCCCUUCAAGGCGGCUCCAGACCCGCUGCGGAUGUUAAAAUACAACCAGAAGGUUGGUUCGGGGAGAUUUAAUCCCAUAAAAUCCAGUGUUCUCACAUGAGGUAAUGCGACCAGAUGGCUGUGAUUUUUCAACCACGGGUUUUUGUUUUGCUUUGAUCGUCACAACACGAUAGGAAGCGGACGUGCUGCGACUUCCUCUGAUAAACUCUACGCUCAGAGGAUAACUCCCCUUAAGUACAGCUGGACCUUUAUCUAUUGCUAUUGUAAUUGAAAAAGGUUCAGAAGAGAUAAGAAUGCAUUUUUGGAUUAGAAAUAUCCAAGUAUGAGAUCACACUUUGCUUUCAUUUCUCUGCUCCUGAGUUUACAAACAGGUAUUAUAACAGGUGCAUCAUAAAUAUCUACAGCCUCUUCUUUGGCUUUUUCUCUCCUGGUAAAAAUCUAUAAAAAAUUCCUUGUUUAUUGCAGCAAAAUAAGCACACUGAAAACCUGCAGCAAAAUCCGUUCACUCUAACAAGGUUUCCAGGAUUUCUGGAAGAGAAACGAGCCCACAGCAUUACAGAUCCUCCACUGUACUGAACUGUAGGUAUCAGGUUCUUCUCCACACAAUAAUAAUUCACCAUCAGUUUAGUUUUCAUCCCACUAACAUUUCUAUUCCUUUAUAUUUAAACUCUGCUCCACUGUGGAUAGCUUUAAGGUUUUAAAGGUAUUUUGGAGAGUGUAACAUUGCUUUAAAAAGUAAAGUUUAAAGUUGAAAUAAACCUUCAGUGAAAUUUAUUUCCAAAUAACUGCUGCCGAUUUCAUUAACUACAAUAAAAACAAUUUCUAAUUUGGUGUUUUUCAUGAUACAUUUCUACUAAUUUUGUUUUAAAAAAAAUUAGUAGAAAUUAGUUAGUUUUUUAGUUAGUUUUUUUGAGAACAUCAAUAAAUGGCAAAAAAAUUUAAAUAUCCAAUUUUUCAAGAGCAGUAUUUAUGAUUACUGCUAAAAUAACCAUAAAAAAGGGAAGAAACAGAUCUUAUCGUUACUUUUAUCGCAAUCACAAAAUAUUGUGAUAAACCUUAAAACACAUAUCGCCCAACGCAAAAUUUUUUGUACAUUUUUCAGUUACAAAUAAUGAUUUUGCAUAAUAAAUGCAUUUAUUAACAGCUUUUUACCCAGAUGAAUGUUUGUUGCACUUCAUAGCGCCUCAAAUCUUUGGAUAUAACACUAGUAAAAAUAUCAUGUAAAGUGACCUUAAGGAACAAAAAAACAAUUAGAAAAUCUGUCUCACCAAAAACAGCAAAUGUAUAAUCUGUGCAACAAAUCGAUUCUUUUAAUUUUUAUUAUUUGUUUUGCUGAAUUUUCUGGUCUAUUUUUUGUGUUUUGUGCCUCCUGUCUGGUUCGCCACGGUUAUGAAGCUGCAUAUCUCUUCAUUUCUUCCAUAUUUCUGUCUUAAAGAAACGUUCCAGCUGUAAUCUGAUGGUCUGUUGAUCUGUGUCUGGGUUCAGUUUAAAAAAACAAACUGACGUUUCAGUGAACAGCUUGGAGGUGAGGGAUUAAGGCCGUGUCACUCAGCACAUUUUUCCAGUCUUCAGUAAUGUGGAAAUCCCUUUUUUCAGACAUAGUGAGGUAGUCUGAGUUAGACAUUUUGCAUUUGUGAAUAGUUUUGUUAUUUUUUUUCAACCUAUAGAUGGUGUAGAUAGAAAAUAUUGCUUUUGUACAAAGUAUUUUAUGUUUCUUUAAUGUUUUAAAUUAAUAUUCUUGCCAAGUUUGGUCAAAAUUGUUUGUUUUUUGUACAUAACUUUGGUGUUAUUUACCAGCUAUGACCGCAUCUGCGAUUUCAAAAGAUUUUAAAGGAGCAUGCAUGUUCCCUCAUUGCUUUACAUGUCAGACUUUUCAUUUCAACUCUGCGUAAUUUUAUUGUCAUAAAUUCUAUGUAUUUCUAUUUAUUAAUGUCGUAGCCUGAAUAAAUCUGUUCAAGUGAAGCUCAGCUUUAUAGAAACCCAAACAGCUAGUCACUUAUAUUAGCUUAAAAUGUAGAUUACAAAGACACCUUCCAUCCAUCACCUAAGCAAAAUUAAUUAUUAAUUUUCUAAACAUGCAUGAAUGCCUCUUUCGAUGUAAUGUCUUAAAAACAGCUUGAGAGGUUCUGGUUUCAAGAAACUGAUUUGUCAGUGAAAAAACGAAUAAUAAAUUGAGUUAUUUUGCAA